ACCCAGUUAUCAGAUUGACGAUAGCUACAUCUUACAGGACGAAAGCUGCUUCAUGGUGCCUAGGUAUAUUGGUGGCACACAAGGAUUUGGUCCGAUUCAAGGUGCUGCUGCUUGAGACUAUUUCGCUCGACGGCUUGAAUUACAGACAAUGGAUUUUGAGGAUUUGGUCUUCACCCGGAUCCUGACUCGUUAGACCCAACAGGAUCACCUAGUAUACUAUCGCUCACCUGUCAAAUCAUCGCUUUCUAGCACAACCGACACCUAAAGACUCGAACAGGCCAGAACCGCAACCAUGAGGAUCGGCUGUCUCCAGUUUGCGCCCCAAGUGGGCGAUGUCUCCAACAACCUCACAAGGGCUGAUGCCGUUCUAGCAAAGGCAGAUCCAAAGGAGCUGGAGGGCUUGGACCUACUCGUUCUUCCGGAAAUGGCUUUCAGUGGCUACAACUUCAAGUCGCUGGAGGACAUCUUGCCGUUUCUCGAGCCCACUGGCUCCGGCAUCACUUCUCUCUGGGCUCGCACUACGGCGCUCAAGUACGACUGCACUGUCGCCGUGGGGUACCCAGAGAAAGUCGAAUCUCCCGGGCCGCAGGGAUCAGCACCCGAAUACUACAACUCGCUCCUUGUCGUUAACGGAGAAGGAGAGACAGUGGCCAACUACCGCAAGUCUUCCCUUUACUACACCGAUGAGACUUGGGCUCAUGAGGGUCCCGGGUUCUUUGGUGGCCAUAUUGGCGAGCUUGGACAGGUUGCCAUGGGAAUCUGCAUGGAUAUCAACCCUUACAAGUUCGAGGCACCCUGGCACGCAUUCGAAUUCGCAUUCCACGUCCUCGAAGCCCGAGCGAACCUGGUCAUUGUCUCCAUGGCCUGGCUCACACAAGAGGACCGUUCCACCUUCACGCCCUUUCCAGAAGACCCCGACUUCAGCACGCUAACUUACUGGGUCCGGAGGUUGGAGCCAGUCAUUCGGGCAGAGAGCGGCGAGGAAGUUAUUGUCGUAUUUUGCAACCGUUGCGGGAUUGAGGAUGAGGUAACUUAUGCAGGCACCAGCACCGUCAUUGGGAUCAAGGACGGAGAAGUCUCCGUCUAUGGCCUCCUUGGCCGUGGAGUCAGGGAACUGCUGAUUGUUGACACCGACAAACCCCCUUUUGCAAAGCUUGUCGACCGUCCUGAACAGCCCGUAUGCUCAGAGGACCAGUCAGCAUCGACCCAACCUCCGCAGAGCACCGAGAAGGACGCUUCGCAGCCGGAACCGGAGAGAGGAACCGAGCCUACGGGCUCACCGACCACAUGCUCUAUGGGCGCAACAACAUCAUCAAAGGACGCACGCAGAGGCGGCCUCUGAUAAUUGGAGAAAUAUAGCCUGGGGCGAAGCUCCUAGUAAGGAUGCAACAAGCGAGCAGCACUCAGUUUCCCCAAGAGGAAGCUCAGGACAGUCGCUAUCAAGCCUGUCAACGUUGACCGGUUCAAUUUUGCCUGCCACGCCAAUUUCGACAAAGCACUCACCAACGGUGGUGUAUCCGCAAGCUUCACACAACAGGGGAGCCCUUCGCACGCCACCCAAAUCUCCUUACGAAUCCUCCAUCCAACAUAGCACUCACCGCUUUUGGGACAACGCACUCUCUACCGAACUCCCUUCAUCCGGCGAAUACAGCCCUGGUGAGCCGAACUGGCUCGCAUACGAAUGGCCAACAACA